CUUCGGCUCGAUUGGCUCGUUGGGGCUGGAGACCCCGACCAGAGCACACUUGGCCGGCCCUCACGACCCUCACCCAACCCAACCACAGCAAGCCAAUCAGCCCAUCAAGGAUUCACUCUCCUCAGUCAGUCCUCAGCUCACUCUCCCUCUCUCCUUCACGCGCAACGCCCAGCUUCCAUCUCCCCUGCAAGCGAGGUUCCACAAUGUCGAGGCGGCGAUCGAGGGUUGGGCGGAUGGACGCUGCGAUCGACCACUUCACCCCGAUGGGCUACAAGGAGACCCAAGUCCGCAGCGUCGUCAACAGCCUCCUCAAGGUGUAUGGGAACGAUGGGUGGCCGCUCCUGGAGGGAGACUGCUACGAGGUGGUGCAGCAAGAGCUCUUCAAGCAGGAGGAGGAGGAGGAGAAGCUGCAGCUGCAGGAGCAGAAGCAGCAGCCGGUGGAGGAUGUCGAGGAGGAGGGGGGGAGCUCAACAACAAGAAGCAGCAAUGCCAUUCUGAGGGUGCACACUGACGUACCAUCUGAGGCUGUGUUAACAGUUGAUGAAAAAGAGGAAGUGGUCCCUAUGAUCAUCGAUGCGCCUGCUCUCAGAGAUAUGCUGCCACAUCCUCUACCUGCAGUUAUUGGUCGCACAAGGCGUCCUUGAUAUGGAUGGACCAGUGAGUCUGAGAGUGAUUCGGACUAUGAAGAACAUCUUGGCAAUCGGCAACAUGAGGUGCAUGUCCCAACUAGGCAACUACAGGAGGAGACGCUUUGCAAGACGAAUCGGCCGAGUAGAUAGGAUGUGAAGUGAAGUAUAACUGGAGAGCAGGCUGGUGCAAGGCCACAGCAGGAUUGCAACACUGGGCUGGGUGUUGAUGUGGUCUGAAGAAGUGAUACUGUAAUGCUAGUAUAUACAUCAUAUACAUGUAGUAAUAUGGAGAACAGAGUUUGCAGUGGUAAUGCAUAUGUAGUAAUAUGGAGAACUGAGUUUGCGGUGGUAAUGUGACCCUAGUGUUAAUGUUGUGGUAUGGGGAAAUGAUGCGGGGAAUUCAGUUGGAUUAUGUUGGGUAAUUCAGUUUGCAGUUGAAAAACUGAAUUCCUGUGCUGUUGUUAGUGUUACCCCAUUUCCCAUGGAGUGCAGUAUCACAGUUGCAGCUGCUCCAACAGUGCUACUGUUGGCUAGUCCUACAUAUAUUUAACCAGUUUUUUCAGAA